GUCUAGCGCGGACCAGAUAGCGAGAUCGCGCUAAUUCCUUUUUUUUCCUUUUUAUACUUGUUGCUUACAGUGAUUUCGCGAUAUUCUCCACGGAUCAACUCCUAAACCGUUACACAGCAAUCGAGCUUAUUUUUUGUGCCAGGCGCGUUAUCAGUUAAGAUGUUCGACUCAAGAAUUGCAAAGAUUUUCUGAGCCAAUUUGCUCAUACUACGAUCGUAUGUAUAGGGUAGAUUGCGGAUAUUUAUGCAUCUUAUUUGAAAGAACAAGAAGACUCACGAAAGUAUUCGAAUACUUGUCAUGGAAUUUUUUUUAUGAAUAUAUUAUAUAGAUUAUACGGAAUUUUUUGAAAUUUCGUUAGUAUUGCAAUGAGAUACGAUUAUCGUGAUUAUAAUAGUAUAAUUUGAAACCAAUCUGAAAAUGUAUAUGAAAGUCUUUGUAAGACAUUUAUUACAAAUAUAAACUUAGUGAAAAAUUAGUAUACAUUAUGAAUAGUAGUAUUAAAUAUGCAAUUAGUGCUAAAGUGAUGGUUCUACUAUAUAUAGCAGGUAAUUAAUAUAGCGAAUAAUUGUCUAUUUAAAUACUUUGGUGAUUUUUGCGACGAAAUUCCGCCAAUAUAAUCACUAAUGAGAUAUGCUAAUGAGAUUUCAAAAUGUUUUGUAUAAUAUAUACAUACAUAAAAAGGAUUCUAGUAUUGUUCGAAUAUGACAACGAGAUAAUUAAAAUAACAGAAAUUAAGUAUACACAUUCUAUUGAAUUAUAAUAAUUAUAAUUGAGAUACUAAUAUUAACUAUACGAACUUGUUACCUUUUAAUGUGUAAUGGAAAUAUCCUCGUGGAAAGUUAUGGCUAUCAAACUGUCAAUUUGUACAAUAUAUUUCACCGUUUAUCACGCCAUUUAUAACAAAUUAAGUAGUCUGUUCUCAAACGUAAUUCGCUUAAAAAUUUGUUUGCAACGGAAUUUUGCAAAUUAAAGGGCAAAUUGCUUAACUUAACCCAAAUAUUCUACCACUCAAAUAAUCCUACCUUACGCUAUAUUCGCAUUAGAAUUGAAUCAAUGUUACAAAUCGAUAUUUCUUUUUUAUAAGGAUGUAUAUGAAGUAUAUGAUAAUAUACAUUAAUAGAGAAGAAAACACGAUGAAUUUUAGAGGUUUAACUUUUUGAAGAAGAAUGAUCGAAAAGAUUAAACGUCGAUGAAAAAGCGGUAGUAAACAUACAUAUAUAGUUCAGAAAAAAGAGAGUCGAUAUUGUUGUGAUCGUGAAAGAGGCUAAUUAAUGGCGCCAGCAUUGGGCCAUGUCUUCUUUGGCCCGGACUUCCUUUUCCAAAAAUACGAGCUGCAGGAUAAACGUCUAAGGUGAUUCAACGUCGUCGUAAUCUUUGGCACGGUGCAAAGUGGCUAAAAAACGGGAUAUUUUCGAUAGUGCACAAAGUGCACAGAAUGGAAGAGGAAUGCCCCCAGGAGAAUAGAAGAGACGAGACAAUGAUGCAGACUACGGUCACGGGACCGAAUACCUCAUCGGAUAACGUUUGCGACAAUCGAGCACGUGCUUCCUGUCAAGAAGAGUUCACGUGCUCUCUGUAUAUCUCGCGUGCCGUCGGACCGCAAGGUCAAGUACAAGGAAUACCAGGUGGCGAGCUGCUACGUUCCAAUCUAGAAGAUGUGAUCCGCGCGUCCGAUCCAUUGGCAGCCUGGCAUGUGUCUGAAACACCGUGUGGCCUGAUUGCGGCGUUCACACGCGAAGCUGACGCAGAGAAACUGUUACAGCGUGGCGAUUUGGCGCGUAUAUUCGAAGGACCCGUACAAGUGGCUCGAUUCUCAGCAAAGGACUCUCGUUAUAGACAGGCGGUUCUUCUUCGUGAUGUACCUUGGGCCAUUCCACUGCAAGAUAUUAACUCCGCGCUGACGAAACAGGGAAUCACGACAGGAAGCGUUGAACGUUGGCGACAAUAUAUACGCGUCGAGGUACUGGACGCCGGGCAUUACGAGCUAUUGUUGCGUCAAGGACUGGACUUUUUCGGUGCGGCUCGAUUCAGUGCCAUCCCAGAACGUUGGUGGCGCGGAGGAACCGGAAAUGCCGGUGGACCGCUGCAGGCAGGACCGGGAAUAGUCAGCAACUUUCUUGAGACAUCCAACUUCCAAACGGGAGAUGGUGUGCUUCAGUGUUAUCGGUGCCAGGGUUUCUGGCACAUGGCUGCCAACUGUAGACACCUGCCACGUUGCGUUCGAUGCGGAGAGCCUCACAGCGUUGAGUUUUGCCCCAGGCCUCGAAACAAUCCUAUCUGCUGUCAUUGUUCCGGCCCUCAUCAUGCCGGCUACCGACAAUGUCCGGUUCGGCAGCAACUUUCGAACGCUACGCCUAUUAGUAUCACGCUGAGCACUACCCGGAUUGGAAACCAGUACCCGGUGAACGCGGCUUCCAAGACGAACGCGUCUGCUCACGAGCAGCAGCCCUUGAAAUCGAGUCAAUCUUAACGAGAAAUUACCGCAUAUCAAUGUAUCAAUUCUGUCCAUACAUUGACCUUAGGCUCUCGUAAAUUGCACGUUUAUCGAUAUUUAUAGGUGUGCUACGGUCAGCCACAGAGUUUCUAAGCUCGCGUUCAAUUCUUAAAUGAAACAAAGAAACUAACGUACCAAUGAACAUUCUUUUCUAUCUUUUUUAUAUGUAUUUUUAACGAUUUUUUAAUAACUUUUAAUCGUCGUAUAAUUACUCUCGUGGAAUCAUUUAAAUUGAAGAUAAUAAAUCCAUUAGAAAAAUA